UGUUGAGCAGAAAGGACAGAAGAUGCUGAGAGUGGAGCUUUAUGAUCACCAGACAGAUCUGAGCGCUGGGGCCAUUUCCUGUUAGCAAAGGGGCUUCUGUACACUGACAAAUGUGCAAAGGUAGAGUGCUAAACAUCUUUUCAGUGAAGCUCGGCAACAAGCAUUUAAGACCUCCAGGUAAACUUCUGGAUUUUCAGGCGAUAUAAUGGUAGUGUUCAAGAAGGAUUCGCUGCUGUGCCUGGCCUUACUGGUUUCCUCUGCUGGGGCCACAAAUUUCAGUGACCCCAUCAUCUGCUAUGUGCUGGAUGCAGUUCUGCUCUUCUACUGCAUCAUUUUCACUGCGCUGUAUUUUAAACUCAAGUUUCGAACGGCCUUUGCCCGGGAAUCUACUAACAAUGGUCCAGAAGCAAAACAGGAGAGGAUAUAUGAGCAACCGUUAAGAGCCACAGAAGAACAUUAUGAAGAGUUCCGGGUGAAAAACCAGGCACCUUCCAGUAAGGACCCUCAGAGCGCAACCCAGCCUCGGAAAAAAAAGAACAAAACCAAACAUUCUCAGAGUAAGAGCCAUGCAGCAGAAGCCAUUGAGCUGACAUCUGUCCCUGCUUUACCAGCACGCGAGUGAGCCUGUACACAGAGGGCUGGUUUAAACUCAUUAAUGAUGAUUUUUUUUCCUUCCUCCACUUUCUCAGAACAUCUGCUCCUUUAACUGGGCAUCUGUAAAUUUUUGCACAUUUCACCCAGUGGAAAAGUCUAAAGGCUACUGCUAAUAUGUGCAACCUGCCUAUUUGCUUGCAUAAUAACUCUUAAUUUAAGUAGCUUUUAACUAAUUGCAGAAUUAAUUUAAUUUACUCUCCAGUGUUGUUGAAUUCUCAUAUCCGAUUGGUCAGAAGGUGUUGAUCAAUUCUCUAAUAACAGCACAGCUUUGGAAGAAACGCAGACUGAAAAACAUAUCACAGGUUUAUAUUAAUAUGUUAUUGUGUCUAUAAAAACAGUUCAUUGUCAGGGAUGCGUAGCGCAAGACACACUUUCCACAUAACGACCCUCAAGAACGAAGCCUGAUAAUAAAACUAUUGAAAAAAAAUGUGUUAUAAGAAAUAAUUGAUUAUGACGAAGUUUUCUGCAAAGGAGACAUUUAACAUUUAUGAUAGGAGUAUUUAUAAAAUUUUCUGACAUGGGUCAUUAAAAAAGCUGCAUUUUCUGGUUUGUUAGUAACCUAUAAUCAAUUUUCCUAUUUUUUCUCCCUUUUUUAAUUUUAUUUAAUUGUCUUAUUUAUUUCAAGAAUUUAAUGUUAUUUCAACAUUUUUAGCUGUUUAUAAUGAAAUGAUAAAAAGGAAGAAAAUUAUUUCAGGGCUUCUAUGAACAUAUAAUUAUAAAUGAUCACACAUGCAGCUAUGUAAAUGUAAUAGUUAAAGAGUAUGACAUGUUCAUGAAUAAGCGUGUAAAAAAUGAACAGUAUCAGGCUGUGCUGUCGUUUGCCCUGUGGUCAAUUUAAGUAGUAACAUUUCCACUUUUCUCCGGCACUUCUUUUCCUCUUCGCCAUGGAUUACAUAUAUAGGACAGGUGUACGUAAGGAUUUUUUUUUUUAAUGACAGUGUUGUUAUAGGAAAUGAAUCCAAAGCAAAAUGAUGCAUCACACCCUGUCAUUUUUUUAUUUUUUAUAUGCUUGACACUGUUCUCAAUAUCAAUAUAUAAGGAUCAGAGAACAUCACUAUAGUUACAUGGAUGGUUUCAUGGUUGAGCAAAGAGAGGACAAAAGGGUUUCCAGGAAGAAAAUGAGAAUGUUAUUGCUUAAAUUAAUUAUAGUACUGGAAAAUUUGACUGUAAAAAAAUGAUAAAAAUAUAAAUGAUCAGUUUAAUCUACCCCUGUUGAAAUUUGUCCCACCAGAUCGUGUGCCCUAAUUCAGGAAAUCGUAGCCCAGACUAAUUUUGAUAAAGAAAAUAAAUACUCCAUGAUCGUGAUAUGUUGUGCCUAUGUUUGUGCUUCUGUGGGCAUUUUGAUGAUAAGAAGAUAAUUAAGUCUAUUGUAAUGAUUAAAAGGAAAGCUGAUCUCGUAUCGACCGAUGCGUUUAACAUAAAGUAUCAUUUAAAAAUGGGAGAAAAAACUAUUUUUUCAAACUAAUGCAGUAGACUGGGAAGAAAGGUUCAUCUCAGCUGAGUAACAAGCAUCUGUCCAUCCACCACAUUACGGUUUAAAGUUCUUUGUUUUUAUUUUACAUAUCCAGUGCAAGCUAUAUACAAUUUUUUCAUGCAAAAAAGCUAAGCCUAAUUGGAAAUAAUAGGCUAUAUUUUGCUAAUAAACACAUUUAUUCCUA